AUAAAAUUUUAGUUAACAAAUCACACAAAUAAAAUUUAACUAAUAAAAUAAAUAAAUAAAAUACCCAGCACAAAUAUUUUAUCACCGAUCGAAUGAUAUGAAACGUCAUUAGAAACUUAUUUUAAAAAAAUGUCUAUUUAUGAUUGGCUUGCAUUCAAGGUUGAUUGAUAAAGUAUUUCGCGAGACGUUUUUGCGUUAAAAAGAAGCAGGAAGGUGUGAGCAGGCACGUGGAUAGUGGAAAUAGUAAUAACACACUCUCUGAGGAAGGUAAAAAUCGACUCGAAUUUCUCAAGUAAAACCAGUUGAAGAGUGUUGUGUUCCACUGACACCACAUACACGAUAAUUAAACCGAUCGUGUCGUGAAGGUCAUGGGCUUGGGAGACAUUGUUUCUUGGUAUCAAAAGAAAAUUGGAACAUACGAUAAACAACAAUGGGAAAAAACAAUCGAACAAAGAAUUUUGCAUGGUUUAACUCAUGUGCCAAUGAAAGCAACAAAAUUAAAAACAGAUUACAUAGAUGUUGACCUUGUUCGAGGUUCAUCAUUUCCUAAAGCCAAACCAAAACAUGGAUUUGUAACAGUAGCACGAUUAGGUACUCUGCGUCUAUUGUUUUUACCAUUGUAUACAAAAUGGUGGGUGAAACAAACUUCACCCCGAGUAUUUGCACUGUUGUUGGUAUUAUAUUUAUUACAACUUAUAAAUACAGCGAUUUAUACGCUGAAUUCGUCAGCGACAUCGUUGAAUGAUAGUAAAAGUUAUCCACAAUCGUAUGUACCAUUAUCAGAAAUCCUAGUACCAUUUUUAAUGAUGUUAAUACUUAGUAUUAUUCAUUCACAAAUUGUCUCAACUAACCCAGGACCUGAAAAUCGUAGUAAAUUAUCACAUCCAAAAACACGUAAAUUGAAAAGUCGCCGUAGUAUUAAGAAAUUACGACAGCAACAACUGCAGCAAAAUCAACAAGAACAAAAUAAACGGCCUGGUUCAUGUGAUAGUAAAACAUCACAAGAGCUAGAUGCGUUAUUUACUCCUAAAAAAAUUUACCAAUCAUCACCCCAACAGAAUAAUCCAACGGAUCAUGUAAAACGUGUCAAAAUACAAGGAGAAGAGACAAUAAUACCAAAACGGAAUGUAGCAUGGGAUUCACCGGUUAAAUGUAAUAUUGAAUUGGAUCAUUCUGUUGAAACAUCUGAAACUGAACCAUAUGUUUCAGCAAAUGAAGCAGUAGUUGGGGAACGUCGUUCAGGAAUGAAACCAGAUCAACCUCUUGAUGAUGACGGUUUUGAAAGUUUAAAUGGAAAUGGUUCCAGUGAAAACAGUGUAGAAGUCCCACCUGUAAAUCCGCCAAUCGAAAAUUUGGUUGCCGAUGAAGAAGACAAUAAAACCGAAACUGUUACUAUAUCGGGUGAAGGAAAAGAAAAAUGUGAAGCUUGGGUCAAACAUAUCGAAUCAUCUAGUAGUUUAUUGAGACGACGGCGAUCGGCGCCAGAUCGUUGUCGUUCAACGUCUACAGGAAAUGAUAGUGACAGUGGGCCUGAAACAAAUAACCCUCCUAAACUUCUAAUACAUCGACGUGAUAGUUUACAAGAGCGUAAAAGUAAUUUUUUAACAAUAAUGUCGUCAACUGUUACUACAAUUGAAAGUAGUGGCUGUGAUAGUGAAGAGGAGGGCGAGUGUUGUGAAGAAUUAUCCUCACCUGGUACCGGUGGAAGUUGUUGUCCCCUACUUACUGAAGCUACAACAUCGGCUACAGAAUGGAUUGGUGUCACCACAAACAGUGAAGAUUGUUGUACGUAUAGUUCAGAAUAUGACGAAACGGAUUCACAUAUUUCUGAAUUUAAUACAACGAUCGAUAAUAAUAACCAAUCGGCAGCAUGGGAUUUUGAUUUGGCUGCUACGGUUAUUUUAAAUCCAAGUUGUGCACCUUCUGAUAAAGUCAGUUGCACAAUUUGGACAAACCAUGAUGUAAAAAAAGCGGAUUUAACAGUACUCGAUAUUAGUUCGGCAAUAAUCGAGCGAGUUGAAGCGAUGCCUGAUAUAAUGGAUUACUUUUAUGGUGGUAUUGUUUUAUCAAUAUUUUUAGCAUGUUUACCAGCGAUAUGUCGACUGGGCGAAGGCAUACUAGAAACGCACACAAUUAAUGAAACACAAAUUUCCAUUGGAGAAUUUAUAGCAUUAAUUUAUAAUGAACCUACUGAUGUUUUAAUGGAUUUUGCACUAGGACCAUCGUAUUGGCAAAAAUUUGUAAUGGUUUUGGGUAUACUACAACGUUGGAUUUUGGGUAGUCUAUUUUUCUUCUUAUUAGCCGUGGCAGAACGUACAUUUAAACAACGUUUCUUGUAUGCAAAGUUAUUUCUGCAUCUAACUUCAUCGCGUCGAGCGCGCAAAUCAAAUUUACCACAUUUUCGUUUGAAUAAAGUACGAAAUAUUAAAACAUGGUUAUCGGUACGAUCUUAUUUAAAAAAACGAGGACCUCAGCGAUCAGUGGACAUGAUUGUAUCGGCUGCAUUUAUUAUUUCAUUGUUGCUUCUAUCAUUUAUUUGUGUAGAAUUGUUAAAGGAUUCCGUUGCAUUACAUUCACAAUAUAAUUUAGAGGUAAUGUUUUGGACAUUCUCAAUUGGUAUUUAUAUAUUGCGAUUUAUGACAUUAGGAGCAAAAAUUAAUCGAAAAUACCGUAAUUUAUCGGUGUUAAUCACCGAGCAAAUUAAUUUAUAUCUACAAAUUGAACAAAAACCACAUAAGAAAGAUGAACUAAUGGUAGCAAAUAGUGUGCUAAAAUUAGCAGCUGAUUUACUUAAGGAAUUGGAGAGUCCAUUUAAAAUAUCGGGUUUAUCAGCUAACCCCUAUUUAUAUACCGUGACAAAAGUGGUGAUAUUAUCAGCUUUAUCUGGUGUUCUAUCUGAAAUGCUUGGUUUCAAAUUAAAAUUAUUAAAAAUUAAAUUUAAAUAAUUAGUUUGAAGCCACACCUAUAGAGAAUCUUCAUAGCCACAAAUAAAAACCCACCAGCCUAGAAAAAAAUAUGCCAUCAAUUUUAGUAUAAAUAAUAAUGAUCUCAAUAAAUAAUUAUAAGACCCUGAAAUUUAGAAAACUGUCUUUUUCAGGACACGUAGAGUUUGAGAUGUCAGAUUUGAUUAAUGUUCCAAGUUGUAGUCAUUUACAGAAAAAUGAAUGAAUUUGAUUCAAUAUUAUUGAUGAAUUUGAGUUCGAGUACCUCUCUUCAUGGUGUGUUAUUCUUUAUUAUAUAAACUAGUCAGUUUUAUAUAUUUCUCGCUAAGUGAAUUCCUAAUUUUAGAUCUACAAUUUUCUAUUUUAUUUUAAAAUUAGUUAAGAUAAUGAGGGAUAAUAUCAGUAAUCUCUCUUUAAUCCUACUAUACAUUCAAGAAGGUUUUUUGGGGACCUUCAAGAAAUCUGGCGAAUUCCAUAAUUCCCGUAAUACUUCCGAUUUAUAUAUGCCGAAAUGUAAGAGUUUACGGCAUUUGUAAAAUUUUGGUUUACGUUCAGCAGUUAAAAUAGGAAUCAUUUGUAAUCAACCAAUUUUCGAGUACAAAAGCAAGUUUGUCUCAUUCGUGAAUUGAUAUAAAAGAAAGAAUAUGGUUAAUUAACAAUACAAUCAUUGUUCCCUUCAACUUUAAAUGAAGGUUUCUGGAACCGCAUACUGAUUGCGAGAUUUUUUACAGUUCUUUUGCCAAUUAGUGCAACUAUUAAUUACAGUAUCAAGGUAUCAUAUAUCAGGAUUUAUUAGGUCAAAUGUUCUAAGUGCAAUGCUAUUAACAAUUUUUUAUUUGACUUGGAAGUAACGAGCGUGCGAUAGAAAGUAAAAAAUACAAAACCUUUCGCAGUACUUUGUUAACUGAUAUCUAAGAGUUUCUUGCUUGUUAUUGACAUUUUUAGAAAUUCUAAAGCAAUAUACUUUUUGUGAGGAAGUUUGCUUUGCAUAAUACAACCGUUAAUGUAAACAUAUGUGCGGUGUCUAUAUAUAAAAAAAAAUCGAGUAAUCUUCAUUUAAUUGCAUGCACGGUAAUCGUCGGUCUCACUUGGGUUCGAUAUAACGGGCAAGAUAUAACUUUCCUUAUCUUCACUUUGGCUAAACAAACUCUCCGAUAAUGAAUCCAAUAUUUGUCAUUUCAAUUUAAUGGCUUAUUUCCAUAGUUAGUUCACAUUUAAUUUCUAAAACUAAACCAAAAGGAAUAAAAAUGUAGAAAAAAAUCGAAACCUAGAAAAUUCAUUCAGCAAUAGAUACAAACAUAUCUGUAAAUUCUGUAACACAAGUAC